AUGCUGCGGGUAAUUUUCGGAAGAUCCUGUCGAAAUCUUUCGACCUCAUCGGCGAGCUGCUCGGCGGCUUCUCAGCCGGAAUUCGAUGCUGAAAAUCCGGCGAGAAAAAUCGGCAAAGCGCUGGAAACAUAUUUGAAGCACAGUCAACAGCAUGUGGCGAUGAUGGAGAAGCAUCGCGCCGAAUUCGAAAUCGGAAGAAGGCAUUUGGCGAAAAUGAUGGGCCUCGAUAUUCAUGAGCUUGACCAAGAAGCUAUCGAUCGGGCUAUUGCAUAUCUUUUCCCUUCGGGACUAACCGACCCAAAAGCUCGACCGGUUAUGCGACCGCCUGACGAGAUUCUGCCUCGAUUCCAACGAUUCUCAUUCGACGAGGAAGGCCGACCAGAAGGCUCGAGAUUCUUCACAUUGAAUCCAAAAAUUUAUGGAUUAUUAUCGGAUAUUGGAAUCAAAACGCACGCGGUUAUGAAAUUCUACGAUCAGCAUUACGGGAGCAGAGCGGUUAAUAAAGCAGAUCUUGAGCCGGCAAAUCUGAGCGGGUCUCAAUGGAUCUCACAGGAGAAGCUUCGCAAAAAGCUCAUGGAGAAAUUCUCGCCGGAAUUGUACCAACAAGUAUUAAUCGCUUUUGAAAAUCUCGCCUCGCUGCCAGGUUCAUCAAUCGAGCAGAAAUUUCUGAUGGAGUUCCGCGAGCCGCUCACAGCUUCCACCGGAUCGAAAUUAUUCGGACCAUCAAUUCCCAAUGUUCAAAUUUGUGCGGAAACCAACAAAAGAUUCGCCACAGUCACGACGCAUUGCAAAGACACAAGAGUGAAUGUGAAAGUCACCGACGCCGGAAAAGGCAGAUUCGACAUCGAUGGAUUGGGGCUCGCCGACUUCCGGCAUCUUCAGGCCCGCGAAAUCCUUCUAGCUCCAUUUAUUGUCUCUUCGACCCUUGGCAGAUUCGACGUUGAGGCUUCAUCUGUAUGCAUUUCGACACUUCUUCCAGAAUCGCCAAACCGAAAACCAUUGAUGCGCUCUGGCGGACAGAGUAGUUUACCGCGGGCGGUUCGUCACGGAACUUCACUUUGUGUAGCUGCGCUGUUGCCCGAAAAAACGGAAUUAUUGAGAUUAGCUGGAUUAUUGACACUUGACCCGAGGAAAAAGGAAAGGAGCAAAGUUAAUCAGCCGGGAGCUCGAGCGAAAUGGAUUUGGAAGCGUCGUUAA